UUAAAACAGUACGACUAAUUGUCCCAAGAAACACGUUUCGUGUCAAGACUCACUAAUUCACUCUUCAUCAUCAUCUUCAUCUUCUUUCGAUUCAUUAUGAAUGAAUGAAUGAAUGAAUCUGUCUAUCUAACAGAAGAAAAUCUUGGUCUCAGAUCUCUCUCUCUCUCUCAGAUCUCUCACUCUCUCGUUGAAACCAUCAUCCAUGGCGAAUUGGAUCUCCUCCAAACUCAAAGCUGCCGAGAACAUUCUCCAUCAGAUCGAUCAACAAGCCGCUGAAUCACUUCGCAAGAACAACGAAAGUCUUCCGUCAGAAGAACUAGCAAAUAUUGAUGCUCCUCCUUCCAAACCAGGGAGCGGUGGUGUGCUGCCUCUCAAAGAUCAAUUGAAGAAGAAACUCCCCGAUAAUGAUUAUCAUGGAAAACUGCGCAGUGAUCAUCCUAAUUUCUCCUCCUCCUCCUCCGUCCUCAAAACUGCAAUACCAACUGCCCCCAAAUCUAACCCUACCAUCACGGAUGGUGAUUGGACUCAACUACUUAGUUCACCUACUCACCCUACUACACCUUCUGCUUCUGCUUCUGUUGCUGGUAAUUACGGUAAUGGUCUACCUGCUGCACCUCGUCUUUUAAGGCAAAAUAGUAGUAGUAGAAAGCACAAAAGUUUAUCAGUUUCUGAUAUGAAGAGGAAUCAUAAAAGUGGUGGCAACACUGGUUCAAGGUCUUUGCAGAGGUUAGACUCUCUCAAAGGAACUAAAUUGAGUGCCACCAAAAACACUAGUGAUGAUGGCAAGGAAUCUACCUCUUCCGGUUCCACCGAUAGACACUCCAAUGUAGAUUUGGAAACUGAUGUUAAAUGGACAAGAGGACAAGAAUAUGCUAGUAGUAGCAGUUUUGAUAAGCCUGCGGCUGUGACCGAUGAUAACGAAAUGGAAGGUCGUGAGCAGCGAUUUAAUUAUAGGGACUUUUCUCCACCUGAAUCUUUGCAAGAAGACAACAAAAGUAUCACUCCUGAGGCAAUACCAGUAGAUGUCGGCAGUCGUCUGAAUAGUGUGAUAAAAGGGAGGCAGGAGGAGCUUAAUUCAGUGUCUGACAAUUUAACAUCCAAUGCUUUGAAAAGGGGUUCUUCCAUGGCAAGUGGUGGAAGUUCUGAUUCAGAUACAGAGUCCGGUUCAACAUCUGAUUCUGAAAGUGAACAUGAGAGGGAAGAAAGGAGAAAGAAGAGAGAAAGGAUCCUAGCUGAGAGAGCAGCAGCUAAAGCAAUAAAUGCUAUCAAGGAAAAGGAGGAUAUGGUGGCCAAAUUAGAGGGUGAGAAACAAAGUCUAGAGAAAAUACUUGAGGAGCGAGCUAAACAACAAGCACAAGAGGCUUCGCAGCUUCAGAGUACUAUGAUGGAAACAAUGGAAGCUGUUGAGUUAGAAAAGCAAAAACAUAAUAAUACUAGAAUGGAAAUUCUUAUGCGUUUAGCUAAACUGGAGACCGUUAAUGCUGAUCUUGCAAGAUCCCUCGCAGCUGUACAGUGGAACCUUGAAGUAGAGGUCAAACAAGUUGCAGAACUCAGACAACAAAUUGCAUUGAAAGAGUCUGUUCAUGAAGAACUCAGAAGGAGCACGAGGAAUCCUCAUCAAACUGGAACUUUACGAAAUCAGCUAGCUUCAAAAGGAGUUGAGUUUGAACGAGAAAUUCUUGAGGCAGAGCACUCUUUUAUUAAUGAUAAAGUUGCACAGUUGCUGGAAAAGGCAAGGAAGCUGGAAGCUGACAUUGAAAUGACAAGGAAAGAGAUAGAAGAGCCAACUGAAGUUGAAGUUGAGCUCAAGCGAAGGCUUCAUCAAAUGACUGAUCAUUUAAUACAGAAACAAUCCAAGGUUGAAUCACUGUCUUCUGAGAAGGCAAGUCUUAUAUUUAGAAUUGAGCAGGCAGUGUCAAGGUUGCUGGAUGAGAAUAUGUCAGUUUCAGGCUCAAAUGCUAUGAAUCCCGCCUCAUCAUCAAGUGACAUAGAAUCUGGGUCGUGGGAGCUCUCUAAUUCAAAAUUUAAGCCUAUGCUAAAAGCCAGAAUUCACUCUGGCAAGAAACAGCUGGGGUCCUUGCUUCAUCAAUUAGAUUACAUUUUUGUGGCUGGUGCACUUGUUUUGAAACGGAACUCGACGGCAAAAUUGUGGGCUUUCAUUUACCUUGUUUGCCUUCAUUUGUGGGUGCUUUAUAUUCUGAUGUCACAUUCUAGCCCAUCGGAUGAGGGUAGAUCUGGUGCCGUGAUCUCAUUGGAGAACAUCAAUAACACUGGAGGAGUAUGACUGUGUUGUGAUAUAUUAUAGCUCAUUAGCUUGUCAUUUCCUUGGCUUUUAAGUUGUCUUCAGUGCAUUGGAUAUAAUUUGUUACUCUGGAGUACAUCAAGCAUUCACAGUGGACACGGAGAAAUGUUGCAAAGUACUUAACCAUAACCAGAAAAAUUUAAUAAUGAUGAAGGAAAAUAAAGGACUGUGUACCUUCCUAUUCAUUCUCUGACUUUGUGGAACAUGUUCUCUGACUUGUGUGGAACAUGACUCGAGAACAAGGGACUCCAUCAGAGAUGAGCAAUGUCCUGCUAUAUUUUUAUUGAAGAAGGGGUGAUCUGGGUUUGAAUUUUGAAUGCUUAUCAUAUGAUAAGCGUUCGUUGGAACUGAAAGUAAUAUUUGGUAUGUACAUUAUGGCAACGGAUGCAUCGAUGCAACUGCAUAAUGAACCUCUCUAGUCACCGGCUUGGAGGGACAUACUUGUGUUGUGAGUGCAAUGUUUCGACCUUAGCAUAUAGCAUUAAUAAUCGUUGAUCAAAGAUGCAUCUUGCAGUUUCAUGAUUAUUUUCUUUUGAAUUUGUAAAGAAAAAGGAAUUCAUUUUUGGUAUAUAUACAAUUAUUAAAUAAGAUUCAUUCAUUUUUGUAGUGCA